CCAACAAGAGGUUCAGCUGGUCGGAGCUCCGUCCUACCCGCGGGUUGAGUUCAGCGAACGCUGCGGCUAGGGGAGGGCGGGAGGAGGGAGAGCGGACGCAGGGGGCGGGGAGGGGCGCAGGGCUGCGCGCUCGCAGGCGCUCUCUUUCGGUUUGGUCGGCGGCUAGAGGAGAGUGGACCCCCCCGCUUUAAGGCUCUGUCCUCGGCACGUUCCCGCCGCCCCCCGGUCCCGGCGCGGGGCUCGGGGAUGCCCGCCAGCAUGUUCAGCAUCGACAACAUCCUGGCCGCCCGGCCGCGCUGCAAGGACUCGGUGCUGCCGGUGGCGCCCAGCGCUGCGGCUCCCGUCGUCUUCCCGGCCCUGCACGGGGACUCGCUCUACGGCGCCAGCGGCGGCGCCUCCUCGGACUAUGGCGCCUUCUACCCGCGCCCCGUGGCCCCCGGCGGCGCAGGCCUCCCGGCCGCGGUCAGCGGCUCCCGCCUCGGCUACAACAACUACUUCUACGGGCAGCUGCACGUGCAGGCGGCGCCCGUGGGCCCGGCCUGCUGCGGGGCCGUGCCGCCGCUGGGCGCCCAGCAGUGCUCCUGCGUCCCGACGCCCCCAGGCUACGAGGGCCCCGGCUCGGUGCUGGUGUCCCCUGUACCGCACCAGAUGCUGCCCUACAUGAACGUGGGCACGCUGUCGCGCACCGAGCUGCAGCUUCUCAACCAGCUGCACUGCCGGCGGAAGCGGCGGCACCGCACCAUCUUCACUGACGAGCAGCUCGAAGCGCUCGAGAACCUCUUCCAGGAGACCAAGUACCCGGACGUGGGCACGCGCGAGCAGCUGGCCCGGAAAGUGCACCUCCGCGAGGAGAAAGUGGAGGUCUGGUUUAAGAACCGCCGCGCCAAAUGGAGGCGGCAGAAGCGGUCCUCAUCGGAGGAGUCGGAGAACGCGGAGAAGUGGAACAAGACGUCGUCGUCGUCGUCGAAGGCAUCACCGGAGAAGAGGGAAGAGGAAGGUAAAAGCGAUUUGGACUCGGACAGCUGACGGCCGCGGGACACUUGCUCGUAUUACUUACCUAACUCGAAGGACUUGCACAGACAGACGAUGCUACUUUCUUGCACACGCGCUGCCUUGCGGGAGGGGGUCGAGAAAGAGGAACGAAGAGCUGUAAAUAGUGUACAGAGCCGGGAGGGUCGGCGCCUCGGGUCAGGGCGCGCCGGGACCCACAGCCCAGCAGCCCGACGCCGCCCGCGACUAGCCCCCACCGUAGUAUUUAUAGUUAAAUUAAGGGUGACAGUACAAUAAAGUGAUGGCGAUGUAGACGGGC